AUGGGUGUCCGAACGACGUGGCCAAUGUCGUGGGCCAAGGAGCUAUGCAACUCCGCCGUCGGGUGCAGCCCGAUGGCACUCGUAGUAUCCGAUAGAUACGACUGUUGGUCACCCCGGGUUGACCUUCGCUGUCUUCAGUCCGACACGGCCUCGAGUGUUUUCUUGGUUGCAAAGAGAUAUGACAAUAAUGAUCGCUCGGUCGACGCGUGGGGGGGUUGGUGUCGGUGGUGCUGCGGCCCGGUGCCGCCGCCUAGCGAUAACAGGCAGCCCAUGAUGAAAGCUAAUGAGCAGGAGCUGGGAUCCCCAGGGACCAACUGGAACGUGGUCCAUCAGUGCAGGAAUAGUGGCAGCAGAUGCCGGUUGAGCGGGGGCGCUAAAGUCGGUGCAGUCGACACUGCCCUACGACUUCUAAUCAAGUCUGACAUCUGGCACAAUUUCAUCCAACACAUACCAAUGAAAUCUAAUUACGACUAUACAAUGUCAUUCAAAAUUUGA